AUGGGGCCGGGGCGAGGGAAGAAAUCACACAGCGGAGGUUCCAAAGGGCGGCUGGCAUUUUCCGUUAGCGGGGCGGCAAAAGGUGGCGGCCGAACACGUGGCUUCGAUGGAUUGGUAGACGAUUUGCCCGAGUCUUUAGGACUGUCAACGAGCGGGGGAAAAGGCAGAGAAAGGGAGGAGGACAGGGGAGGUGACGCGGGGCGGUCCCGUGGGGGCUCAGUAGGCAAAAGAAUAGAGGGCGGAACGAUGCCCGGGGGAGGGAGGGGGCGAGGGAAAGAUAGAGGGAGAGGGAGGGGGACCGCGGGUGGAGACGAGAGGGGCAGGGAGAGGAAGUUUCAGGGAAAUAUCGCGGGAGGUGCAGGCGGAGCGGAGGAUUUUGGGGCUGGGAGGAUUGGGGAUGGAGAUAGAAGCGGAAGGGGUUUAAACGGGGAUGGAGGGUUUGGGAAGGGAAGGGGUUUAGGUAGGGUUCAGGGGAGAGGGUCGGAUAGUUCGAGUUUUGGUAGAUUAUCAAGGAACAAAGAGGAGGAGGAAGAGGAGGAGGAAGAAGAGGAAGAGGAGGAGGAGGAGGAGGAGGAGGAGGAGGAGGAGGAGGAGGAACAGGGGCUGGCGGGGGAAGAGGGGGAGGUGGAAAGUGGAAGUGAGGAGAAGGGAGGUGAUUCGGAGGAGCAGAGCGACGCAGAGGAUGAGCUGUCGCGCCUACAGCAGCAGCUAGCGGACGUGCCCUUUGAGGAGAUCCAGCGCAUGAGAAGCCGCGGAUGGGCUGCUGCCCCUUCAAGAGUCUCUGGGGAGCUUGGUGGGCUUGGGGGAAGAAGUCAGGCUGGCAUUGGGGCUGGUGCUGGUGCUGGUGCUGAUUCCGAUUCUGUCUCUAGUGACGAGAAUGAUGGGGAUGGUGGGGACGGUGGCGAAGCUGGGAGGAAAGGAGGGGCUAGAGGGAAGGGAGCGAGAGGGGGAGGAGCAGGAGGGGAGGAGGCAGGGGGCAGUGGGGGAGCAGCGGGGGUGGUGGGGUUGAAGCGCAUGAAGGUGCUGGCAGAGGCGGUGAGGCGGCGGGCCAACAAGAACCGACCCAUGGAGCUGCCUGCUAAGAAGCCCGUUCCGCGACUGCGACAAGUGGUGGACGCUCCUAGGAAGGUUGUUCGGGACCCGCGCUUUGAGUCGCUCUGUGGGGAGUACGACGAGGGCAGGUUCAAGUCUGCGUACAAGUUCCUGUUUGCAGAAACUCUUCCCAAGGAGAAAGAGGAGAUGCAGAGGCAGCUGAAGAGGGCCAAGGAUGAGGAGGAGCGGAAGAAGAUCAAGCGGCGUCUCGAACAGAUCGAGCAAUCAUUGAAGAGUGAGGGCCAGAGGCAGAAGAAGGUGGGGAGGGAGAUGGAGCUGAAGCGGCAGGAGAGGGAGGCCGUGAAGGCGGGCAAGAAACCAUUCUACCAGACCAAGUCGUCUCGUCGGCGUGAGGAGCUGUACGAGAAGUACCAAGAGCUUAAGGCGGGGGGCAAGCUCGACUCAUUUAUGGCGAAGAAGAGGAAGAGAAACGCGGCGAGGGAGCACACCAAGGUGCCGUUCCGCCGAGAGCAUUAG